AUGUCCACAACACGUCAGGAAGAAAUAUGGGCUAUGGUCAAAGGAGUAAAUGCGGUGACUAACAAUGUGGGAAAGAGCUUGAACCUCUACCGUCAGUGGGCACCAAACUUUGACCAAGAUAAUGCGGACAUUCAAUACAACGGACCAAAAUUUACUGCCCAGACAAUAGACGAACUGUUUGGAGAAAACAAAGAUGCCUUGAUUCUGGACGCAGGGGCUGGAACUGGUUUAGUGGGGGAAGAGCUGCAGAAUCUAGGAUUCACAAACCUGGUGGCUCUAGACGGAAGUCAGGAGAUGUUAGAUGUAGCCAAUCAGAAAGGAGUUUACAAGAGCAGUGUUUGCAGUUUCUUAGGGCCUGACAGACUGGACAUUGAUUCAAGACAGUAUGACUGCGUGGUGUGUGUUGGUACUAUGGCAGCAGGCCACGCCAAUGCUAGUUGCCUUCCAGAACUGAUUCGAAUCACUAAGUCUGGUGGGUAUGUUGUCAUAGCAAUGAGAGAGAUACACAUCCCAGAUUGUGGAUAUGACGGCAAGAGUUGGGACGACUGGCUGAAGAUUCACGAAGACAACGGGCUUUGGAAGAAAAUAGAGAUUAGAAAUGUUGAAAAUUGGCUCUCCGGUGUUUAUGUGGGGGUCAAUCACUACUACGGCCCAAAAUUUACUGCCCAGAAAAUAGACGAACUGUUCGGAGAAAACAAAGAUGUUUUGAUACUGGACGCGGGGGCGGGAACCGGUUUGGUCGGGAAAGAGCUUCAGAAUCUAGGAUUCACAAACCUGGAGGCUCUAGACGGAAGUCAGGACAUGUUAGAUGUAGCCAAUCAGAAAGGGAUUUACAAGAGAAGUAUUUGCAGUUUGUUAGGGCCGAACAGGUUGGAUAUUGAUCCAGGACAGUAUGACUGUGUGGUAUGUGCUGGUACUAUGGCGGCGGACCACGCCAAUGCUGGUUGCCUUCCAGAACUGAUACGGAUCACAAAAUCAGGUGGUUAUGUUGUCAUAGCAACGAGGGAGGCACUCAUCCCAGACUGUGGGUAUGACGGCAAGAGCUGGGACGACUGGCUGAAGAUCCACGAAGACAACGGGCUUUGGAAGAAAGUAGAGAUUAGGAGGGUUGAAAAUUGGCUGGCCGGUUUUUAUGUGGGUGUUAUAAACGUCUACCGGGUUAUAUAA